AUGGCUCCACAACACCGCCGUUCUUCAUCAGCAACCCUGUUUGGGAGGAUGACUCAAUGGACAACAAUCUUUCCCAUAUCAAUGCAGCUUACAACCUAUGUGGAAAAGAUAUAUGGAAUCAUUAGUGAUAACUUGAGGAAAGAAAAUUUUCCCUCUUGGAUUAUGAGUUCAGGCAUGGUGCAGACAUUUACUACUGACAGUGAAAGGCGUGUUAGAUUGACUGUGUCGGCACGUCGACGAGGCGGCAGGCAUGCUACUUGUUCAGAGCAGCAAACAGUGGAGGAGCCAUAUAAGGAGGUGGCGGAGCUCCAUCUAGAUGUUCAGGAUAUAGGAGCUGAUGAUGCAGAGAUCUCCAGCAACGGAAAAAAGAUGAAGGAGAUCCAGAGCCAACUGUUGCAGGUCAUACAAAUUGUCAAUUCUCUACUCAACAAACAAUAUUUUACACCUGAUGGGAUUCCACUCGCAAGAGGAAGAUCUAUUGAUAACUUUUGGAGGGGAGAUUGUCUCUUAGGUCAGUAA